AUGGCCCGUAAAUUGGCCCUUCUCUUCAUGUUAAUGCACUCAGUCCAAAUCCUCGCCCUUCCUACUCCCUACGAAAACCCCUCCUCAUCCAAAUCCCUUGCGUUAGCCAACACGCACACUAAGCGAUACUACUUCCCGGAAACCAUCCCAGAUCAAGAUGAGGUCGCAGCCAUGAAAGAGACAGCCAUGCGCGAAGCAGGCUUCGUACCCUCAUCCAACCGGUCCCCUUCAAAACCGGAGCCGGAAUCAAAGGAGCAUAAAAUGGAGACGGAACUUCGAAAUUCACUUCCGGAUCCGCAUGCAACGAUCGGCACGGAUGCUUCGGCAAACCCACAACCGGAGAGCUACACACACCAAGACACAAAGCUGAGGAAGUCCCAGUCCCAGUCCCAGCUGAAAGAGUCUGUCGCGCUUGCGUUAGAAUCGGACGUCCCGAUUUACUGGCCGCCGUUUGGGUUCUUCGUUGUCUCGGCUGCGAUCGUGUGUUUCUUUACCGUGCUGCGGGGGAUCCGCGCCAAGAAGUGA